AUGCCAGAAGGAACGCUUGAAGUUACGCUCGUGAGCGCCAAAGGCCUCGAGAAUACAGAUGUCCUCUGCAACAUGGACCCGUAUGUUAUUUUAUCGUACCGGAGUCAAGAAAAGAAAAGCAGUGUCGCAGCAGGCAAAGGAUCGAACCCCGAAUGGAACGAGACGUUCUUGUUCGAUGUUUCGAGUAAAGAUUCGGCGGAAUUAAAGAUCAAAAUAAUGGAUAGUGAUAGCGGCACUGCCGACGACUUUGUUGGGCAUGCGAGUAUCUCGUUGGAUACGUUGUUUCAAGAUGGAGAGAUCCCGGCGACGUCAUAUAACGUUAUGAAGGAUGAUGCAUUUUGCGGAGAGAUCCGACUCAGCCUCAACUUUACGGCCCAGAAAAGCCGAGGUUUUGAUCCAACGGACGGGAACAUUGGGGGAUGGAGACAAUCGGGUCGUGAUUGA